AUGCCCGCCAUUUUUUUUAACAUUUCUUCUCGUCAAAUAAGGCCAAUGGCCCCGUUUUCUUUUUUCUUCCUUCAUUUUUUUUUCUUUUUUCUCUAUUCUUUGUUUCGUUUCUUUAUGCAUUUAAAUGUUCUCUUUUUUUUUCUCCUUGUCUUCCUUUUUCAAAUCUUUUCACGAUAUCCUUAUUUUCACUUUCCCCACUUUUCUUCCUUUUUGAAUUUAUCUUAUAAUUUUCCCUUUUCUCGUUUUCUUUGUUUUUCUUUCAAACUUCCUUUUCACUUUCUUUUUUUUUCUUUCCUUUACUCUCCAUCUUUCUCAAUUACUUCCUUUCUUUCUCCUUUCUCCUUCGUUCUGGUCUUUCAUUUUAACACUUGGAUAUUUCCUUUUUAUAUUUCUUUACCAUUUUCUCUAUUCCUAUUUUAUUUUUGCCAUUUUUCUUUUCUUGUUUUCUUCACCGUAUCUUUUCUGUCUUAUUUUUAUUUCUCUCUAUCCAGUCUCUUUUUAUUUCUUCUCAUUUUGUUUUCCUUUCCAUUUCAUAUUCCUCCCCCUCCAUUUCUUACUAAUUCUUCUUUUCUUUCUUUCUCACUUUCAUUUGCUUUUCCUUCUCGCCUUCGUCUGUACACAGUUUUCCUGAAUUUUCUGACCUAUUUUGUUCUCUUUCAUUUCUUUCGUCAACACACUUCCUUCCAUUCUUUCUUUCUUUUAAUUUUCUUCUUUUCUUUUGUUCUUUCGUCGCCAUUUUUGUAUUCCUUUUUUGUUUAUGAUAUCUCCCGAUUUACUUAUCUAUUUUCUUUUUAUCAAAAUCUCUGGGAAAGGAUGCUACGAAUUAAUAUAAUUAAUCCCAAUUUUCUUGAGGGCUUUGGCAGCAAUUGGUGCCAACUGUCGAUAGACAUAAGCACUUGGAAUAUUGGCACGUUCCAAGAAUCCUUCCUAUCGACAAACCAAUGGGCCUUAUUUAUUCCCUUCUCUUUCUUUCAUUUUUUCUUUUUUCAUUUUUCUUUAAAAGAUUUCAACCGAGUUUUAAGAUUUUCUUUCUUACGUUAUCUUAAUUUUUACAUAUUUUUCUUUUUCUUUCUUUUUGUUUUUCUAUUUUCUUUUCCCUCCCCAUUUUAUUUCUUUCGUCAUUUCAUCUUUAUUUUUUCUUUCUUUAAUUAUUUUCUUUUUUUUACCAUUCUAAUAAUAUUUCUCUUCUUUCUUUUUGGCUUUUUCCUUUCUCAUUCUAUCAUCUUUCCUUCAUUCUUUUUACUUUUCUAUCUUUCUUUUCCCUUUUCAUCAUUUCAUUUUUCUUUCUUUUCUCUUUCCUUUCUUUCUUUAUUUCUUUCUUUCUUUCUUCCAUCAUCUAUUUUUCUGUUUCUCUUUCUCGUAACAUUCUCUCUCUCUCUCUCUCUUUCUUCCUUUCGUUCAUUCGUUAUUCCUACCCUAUCAACUCCUUCCCAUUCUUGCUUCUAUAUUUCAUGCAUAUCUAUCUAUCUAUCUAUCUAUCUAUGUAAAUCUUUUCACAUCUAUCUAUCUAUCUAUCUAAAUCUGUUCACAUCUAUCUAUCAAUCUAUCUAUCUAUCUCUAAAUCUGUUUAUAUCUAUCUAUGUAUCUAUCUGA